GUGUCUCUUAUACGGAAACAGGGCGCACCCAGUAGAUCCAAGUCCAGAAGUGUUUCUGUCAUCUGAUCAGACAGAUAUAGACAACAACGAGCUGCUCUAAACCUAGAAAUAUAUAUAUUUUCAACCAGGAACUGUUCUCACUUGCAAGAUGGUGGUCUGCUGUGGUCUGCUCACUGACAAGAAGGAACCAGUUCCUCUGAAGAGCAUUGAAGUUCAGCUGGAGGUGAAGGACCAUGUGGCUGCAGUGGUCUCCACUCUGAACUAUGAGAACAAGGAGGACAAACCACUAGAGGCUGUUUUUGUCUUCCCUCUGCCUGGAGAUGCUGCUGUGUGUCAUUUCAGUGCUCAGAUUGGAGAGACAAACAUUGUAGCUGAGGUGAAGGAGAAACAGCAGGCUCAGGAGGAGUAUGAUGAUGCUCUAAGCUCCGGUCAGCAGGCCUUCCUGUUGGAGGAGAGUGAUCAGAGUCCAGAUAUCUUCUCUCUGAGGGUGGGCAGCCUGCCUCCAGGAGAGAGCGCCUCCAUCAGGUUGGAGUAUGUCACUGAGCUGGCCGUGGAGGCUGAUGAUGGACUGAGGUUCUGUCUGCCUGCUGUCCUCAACCCUCGAUACCAACCUCAGGGUAGUGAAGGUCCCAGUGUCCAGGUGAUCUCAGUUCCAGCCUCUCUGGUGCCCUACAGUCUGUCCUUUUCUGCCCGAGUGUCCUCUCCUCGUCCAAUCUCUAAAGUAGAGUCCAGCUGCUCCCUGGAUCCUCUUCAGUACCUCAACACUGAUCAGACUCAGGCCACGGUUAAGUUGGCUGCUGGACACAAGUUUGACAGAGACGUUGAACUGCUGAUUUAUUACAAAGACGCCCACCAGCCCACUGCUGUGGUGGAGGCAGGACAGGCCUCUGCUAAACCUGGCUCUCUGAUGGGGGAUCCAGUGGUGAUGGUGAGCCUGUACCCUGAGUUCCCCCAGUCUGUGAUGUCCUUACUCGCCUCCUGUGGAGAGUUUGUGUUCUUGAUGGAUCAAUCAGGAAGUAUGGGCUGUCCCAUGAACAACAGCAAACCGCAAGAAACCCGGAUUAGCAGUGCAAGGGACACUCUGCUGCUCCUGUUGAAGAGCUUACCAAUGGGCUGCUACUUCAACAUCUACAGUUUUGGAUCCACAUUUGAACACAUCUUUCCUACAAGUGUGGAGUACAAUGAGAAGACCAUGGAGGAGGCUCUGAAGAAGGUUGAAAAGAUGGAAGCUAAUCUUGGAGGAACAGAGAUUCUUCGGCCUCUUGAACACAUUUACAGCCAGCCCUGCAUUCCCAACCAGCCUCGACAGCUGUUUGUCUUCACUGAUGGAGAGGUGGGAAACACUAAAGAAGUUACUGAUCUUGUUAAGAUGAAUGCGGGCUCCCACAGGUGUUUCUCCUUUGGGAUUGGAGAAGGAGCCAGCUCUGCUCUCAUCAAUGGGAUGGCCAAAGAGGGAGGAGGUCAUGCUCAGUUCAUCACUGGGACUGACAGGAUGCAACCAAAAGUGAUGCAGUCGCUUAGGUUUGCAUUGCAGCCAGCUGUGGAGGACAUUUCUGUUUCUUGGGAUUUACCAAAGGGAGUGACCGCCACCAUUCUGUCUCCACCCAUUACAGCUAUUUUUCAGGGUCAGAGGUCACUGAUUUAUGCUCAACUUGCUAGACAGAGUUCAGAGGCAACAGAUGGCAGUGUGACAGUGAAGUACAGCCUGGCAGGUCAUCCCUCUCAGAACCAGCUGCACUUCAAUCUCAAACCUGCAGAGGACUCUGGAUUAACUGUCCACAAGUUGGCUGCUCGCACUGUGAUUCGCUCCCUGGAGUUGGAGCAAAGGACACACAGAGGACAGCAGGAGGAAGAAGUGAAGAAGAAGGUGGUGGAGCUCAGUGUCCAAUCAGGAGUGAGCAGUUCUUUCACUGCCUUCAUUGCUGUCAAUAAAGACGGAGGCAAAGCAGUUCAAGGACCUCUGAUGCGGAGGAACAUCCCAACACCUUCUUUCCAUUGCAGACCGAUGAUGAUGGCUUGUUCAGCUCCUUCAAGAAAACGUGCCGUGAUGCCUUUGAUGGCUUAUUCAGAUCCUCCAAUGAUGACUUUGAUGGCUUAUUCAGAUCCUCCAAGUUUUAAUGCAUCAGUGACGUUAGGCCUUGUGUCGCCGCAGCCCCGUGAAGACCCUCUGCUGCAGCUGGUCACCCUGCAGAAAGCAUCUGGCUGCUGGCUGCUUGAUGCAGAUCUGGCUGCUGUGCUGGGAAAGACCAGAGGGGAGGUGGAAAAGGCAAAGCCAGCAUCGGUCAACAGUGAAGUGUGGGCCUCCAUUCUGGCUCUGAUCUGGCUUCAUGGUUUUAAGAUGGAUGCAAAGGAAGAGUGGGAGCUUCUGACUCUGAAGGCUGCAUCAUGGAUUAAAGCUCAAAAUGCUCCAUGUGUGUCAGAGUGUGUUGAGGCUGGAAAUACAUUGUUGGGUUGCAGUGUGAAGAAAGAAGCUCUGGGGCUCUGAGGUUUUCCAUGAAAAGGCUUCAGCUUCACUAUGGAAGCACCUUUGUGAAGAAAUGAAAACACUGAAGUCAUCCAUUCAUAAAGAGAAGCAGAUUUCUUCUGUCCUAAAAAAUAAAUAUAAAUACUGCUUUUA